GCCGGGCAGAGGGACCCGGCUACCCUGGACAGCGCAUCGCCGCCCGCCCGGGUCGCCGCGCCGCAGCCGCUGCGGAUCAUGGAGCAUCUAAAGGCCUUUGAUGAUGAAAUCAAUGCUUUUUUGGACAAUAUGUUUGGACCGCGAGAUUCUCGAGUCAGAGGGUGGUUCAUGUUGGACUCUUACCUUCCUACCUUUUUUCUUACUGUCAUGUAUCUGCUCUCAAUAUGGCUGGGUAACAAGUAUAUGAAGAACAGACCUGCUCUUUCUCUCAGGGGUAUCCUCACCUUGUAUAAUCUCGGAAUCACACUUCUCUCCGCAUACAUGCUGGCAGAGCUCAUUCUCUCCACUUGGGAAGGAGGCUACAACUUACAGUGUCAAGAUCUUACCAGCGCAGGGGAAGCUGACAUCCGGGUAGCCAGGGUGCUUUGGUGGUACUACUUCUCCAAAUCAGUAGAGUUCCUGGACACGAUUUUCUUUGUUUUACGGAAAAAAACGAGUCAGAUUACUUUUCUUCAUGUAUAUCAUCAUGCUUCUAUGUUUAACAUCUGGUGGUGUGUCUUGAACUGGAUACCUUGUGGACAAAGUUUCUUUGGACCAACACUGAACAGUUUUAUCCACAUUCUUAUGUACUCCUAUUAUGGACUUUCUGUGUUUCCAUCUAUGCACAAGUAUCUUUGGUGGAAGAAAUAUCUCACACAGGCUCAGCUGGUGCAGUUCGUGCUCACCAUCACGCACACCAUGAGCGCCGUUGUGAAACCCUGUGGCUUCCCCUUCGGCUGUCUCAUCUUCCAGUCGUCUUAUAUGCUGACAUUAGUCAUCCUCUUCUUAAAUUUUUACGUUCAGACAUACCGAAAAAAGCCAAUGAAGAAAGAUGUGCAGGAGCCACCUGCAGGGAAAGAAGUGAAGAAUGGUUUUUCCAAAGCCUACUUCUCUGCAGCGAAUGGAGUGAUGAACAAGAAAGCACAAUAAAAAUGAGUAACAGAAAAAGCACAUAUACUAGCCUAACAGAUUCGCUUGUUUUAAAGCAAAGACUGAAUUGAAAGUUACGUGUUUUAGGAUAAACUAAUUUCUUUUGAGUUUAUAAAUCAUUUGUACCCAGAAUGUAUUAAUAUAUUGCUAUUAGGUUAAUCUGUUCACUGAAUGCUUUGAUCAGCAUUGACGUGAUGCUGACCUCUGAGGACCUCAGAACUGGUGCAGCUUCUCCCUCCCUCCCUCCCACAGGCUGAACCUUUCGCCAGAAGCUGUCCUUAUAACGCCUUAUACGCAUACACAGCCGGGAAACGUGGAGCAUGGUUUCUCACAGAAAGUCUCCAAAUAAAAAGAGUUUUGUUCAGAUUAAAAUGUUUACAACAAAAUGUUAAUUAUAUUCUAAAUACAGGGUAUGUUCUAAUCUAUAUUAAGCAAUAAUUGCCAGUGUAUAAUCAUUCCAUUUGUUCCUUUAGCAAUCAACCCUGGAAAAUAUUAAAAUGGGAUCAUACACAGAAGACAGAAAAAUCUAGCAAAACUUCUCUAAGCCAGAGUCUUGUCUAUCAAAUUCCCACAACCACUCCUGAUUCUAAAUUUAGUGAUAUGGUAAUGAAAUUGGUAUUUCUUUUAUUUUAAAUAUUAGUUAUUUUAAGGAGAAAAAAAUGCUUCUGCAAGAUUUUCAUAAUUCAGGGGCUUUGGAUAGGAUUGUUCAUCUGUUUCCCUAAUCAUUCAUCUGUUCAUGUCUCCCUCCUGUACCAGUCAACCUAGGUUACUAAAGAUGCCAUGCUCCACAUCACGAGCAGUGUACAAAUCUGGCUGCCAAUUUCCAUUCUGAGCAAGGACUGGAGUCCACUCCGACCUCUUUCUUUGAACACACAUGCUGCUCGAAUAUGUAUAAAUCAGAAUUAGCAGAGUGAUGGGAGCAAAAUAGGCACUGAAUCCGUCAACUCUUUUUUGUGAGCCUACUUUUGAAUAUUACCUCAGAUACCUGUUGUCACUUUGCAGGUUAAGUUUUUGAAGCUGGGAGGAAAAACAUGGAGUAGCUUGGAAAGAUUCCAGCACUGAGCCGUGGGCUGGUAAUGAGCCACGAUAAAAAAUGCCAGUUUGGCAAGCUCAGCACUCCCGUUCCCUGCUCAGGUAUAUGCGAUCUCUACUGAGAAGCAAGCACAAAAGCAGACAAAAAUAUUAAUGAGUAUUUCCUUUCUCCAUAAGUGCAGGGCUGUUACUUACUGCUAAACUCUACCAAGAACGGAAACAAAGAAUAUUUUCUGAAGAUUUUUUUGAAGAUUAAUUUAUACCCUAUAAAAUAAAACUUGCCAACUUUGAUGAAG